AUUUAUUUUUUUAUCCAAAUCUGGCUGUUUUCUUCCUUUCUAUUUUCCACAGCUUAAGAUCCCAUUGUCCGUCUGUCUCCACUCUAAAUUUGUACAAAACCCUACUUCAGAUUUGCCGUAUCUUUCAAUGUCAGUUUCUCACCAGCAAACAGAGACCAACAACUCCACAAGACAAAUCCCCCUCAUAGAACCAGUCCCAGUGGACGAAAAGGACCCGCACUUGUCUAAAUGUCUCAAUCGAUUAGAGACCUUUCUCAGGCUUUUUGGCUUCUGCCAGGACUCAUGUUUGAGCUUCUCUCUCUCAUGGAUUUUAUUUUUGGUUAUGGGUGUUGCUGUACCUGUCUUCAUAAUCCACUUCGCUUACUGUUCCAACUGUGAAAAGUACGAGAUCAAGAGAUUUGAGCUUGAGAUCUUGGCGUUUCAGUGUUUAGCUGCUGCAGUUUCUCUUAUCUGCAUUUCGCACAAUCUGCGCAAGUAUGGUGUCCGGAGGUUCCUGUUUGUGGACCGCUGUCAUGGUCACAUGGCGCAGUUCCGAGAAGAAUACGCAAAUAAUAUUCAUGGUUUCUUCCGCUUAUUGGCAAUGUGGGUAUUGCCAUGCUUCCUGGUGAAGGUCAUCCGUGAAGUAGCUUGUACCCUACUAACGCACCCUGAUUUGCGGUGGCAAGCGGUGACUGUGCCAAUUGGUCUUAUUGCAUCAUGGGCUUAUUCAACCACAGUAUUUUUGUCUGGCUGUGCUCUGUUCAAUCUGGUAUGCAAUUUGCAAGUGAUACACUUUCAAAGUUAUGGGAAUCUCUUGGAAAGGGACUUGGAUGUUUCGGUGUACAUUGAGGAGCACAUCCAUUUGACACAUUAUCUAUCGAAGAUAAGCCACAGGUUUCGAAUAUAUCUCGUUCUAGGGCUCUUGCUUGUCACAGCCAGCCAGUUUAUGGCUCUAGUGGAAACCACAGGAAACCGCCGUAUCAUCACUUUUGUCAAUGCUGUUGAUUUUGCUGUCUCCUCUCUGACUGAGCUUGUUGGGAUAAUAAUAUGCCUGCAUGCAGCAGCAAAGAUCACGAGUCGAGCUCAAGCUAUAGCAGCAAUUGUUACCAAAUGGAAUGCUAUCGUAACAUGCAAUGCGAAUGAUACUUCUCAGGUGGGACUAACUAAUAGUUCUGGGAACUUGGAUCCUGAUCCUUCAUUACCCAUAAUGUAUGCAGAAAGUGACUUGGAGGCAGUUGAUUAUGUUCCAAUGCCCACAGACACCCAGUUAGCGUCUUAUAUGUCUCUUUACCAGAAGAGGCAAGCUUUUGUAUCAUAUAUACAGUCCAACCCCGGUGGUUUCACGGUUUUUGGGUGGGUAAUGGAUCGGGCACUCAUCAACACGGUCUUCUUUGUUCAGAUGUCUCUGGUUCUUUUUGUUCUUGGAAAGACCAUAACCAUCACCAUCAAGUGACAUUUCAUGAUACCUUUGGCUUCCCUGAUGCCUGAUUUUUAGAAAGGAAGAAGAAUGGUCAAGCAUACUAGUCAGAGUGCUAUUGUUGGUUAUUUUGCUUGCUUCAUUUCAUACUUUAACACACUGUUUGUUCAUGGAUUGGCUUCUUGGAUUCUGAGUGUACCGAUGUCGUUGAGUUUGUUCCCCCCAGUAUAAAGAAAGGAUCACAGUAUGUACCUUUUUAUCUUAUUUGUUUGUAAUCUGAUUAUGAUUUGGAGCUGUUAA